GACUGGAGGAUCUGGGGCGUUUAGACACGAGACUAUUUCCGAAUUAGCUGAUUAAUAACACAGGAUUACUCAGUCCUUGUAUUAGAAACAUUGAAGGUGUCCUGACUCACCACGUUGGCUAGUUAAUUUGGGCUGGACAUGAGCUCCAGGGGCAGUGGGGUGACGGUAUUUGUCCGCACCAGGCCGACUGGCAACUUUGCCCAGGACCUCAUCCAGUAUUUACCAGAUGGCAAGACUAUUAACAUUCACAUGAGAAAGACAGGCCAGAAAGGGCUGGUGAAUAACCAGCUGUCUGACUGGUCAUUCCGUCUUGAUGGUGUCCUCCAUGACGUGUCCCAAGAGAAUGUGUAUGACAUUGUAGCCAAAAGAGUGGUGUUGGGAGCACUGGACGGUUACAAUGGUACAGUGAUGUGUUUUGGACAGACAGGUGCUGGAAAGACACACACUAUGACUGGAGCCACAGAGAGCUACAAACAGAGAGGAAUCAUUCCCAGAGCUCUGCAGGAGGUCUUUCGAGAGAUUGAGGAACGUCCAGACCAGGCCAACACUGUGCGUCUGUCCUUCCUGGAGAUCUAUAAUGAGACGCUGCUGGACCUGCUGUCCUCCUUACGAGAUGGCCCUUCAGAGAGCCAGAUGGCUGUGGUGGAGGAAGGAGGAAGUGUCUACGUUAAGGGCCUGUCAGUGCACCUCAUCCACACAGAGGAAGAGGCCCUUAAUCUGUUGUUCGAGGGGGAGAUGAACCGAAUGAUUGCUUCUCAUGCAUUGAACAAGAACUCCUCCAGGUCUCAUUGUAUUCUGACUGUCCAUAUUGAGUCCCGCUCACGGACCCUGUCAGAUGCGAAGUACAUCACCUCCAAACUGAACCUAGUAGACCUGGCUGGCUCUGAGAGACUGAGCAAAACUGGAUCCGAGGGACAGGUACUCAAAGAGGCCUUGCACAUCAACAAGUCCCUGUCCUUCCUGGAGCAGGCCAUCAUUGCACUGGCUGACUCUCGCCGAGACCAUGUUCCCUUUCGGCAGAGCAAGCUCACUCAUGCCCUGAAGGACUCCCUGGGUGGAAACUGCAACACUGUGCUUGUGGCUAAUAUCUAUGGUGAAGCAGCCCACAUAGAGGAAACUCUCUCCACUCUGCGUUUUGCCAGCAGAAUGAAGUGUAUGCAGACCGUGCCAGUUGUAAAUGAGCACAUUGAUCCUGUGCUGCAGGUGAAGAUACUGGAGAAGGAGAUCCAGCUUUUGAAACAGGAGCUGGCCAUUCAUGACAUACUGGCUAACCGGACUUCGGGGUUGUAUGAUGCUCUGACCGAGAAUCAGAUCGCUGAGAUCCAUGGUCAGGUCAGGAAGUACCUGGAGGGAACAGUGGAGGAGAUAGAUAUUGUUAAUAUUAGACAGAUACAGGAGGUGUUUGCCCAGUUUAAAGUGAUUCUACAGCAGCAGGAGCAGGAAGUGGAGGUGCGGCUGUGCCAGAAGUUCACCCUGGCUGAGCGUCCCCAGAGCACCGGCAGCUGUGCUGCUGCCAAGGCUGAAGCACUGAGGGAAACUGUGGGAGAAGUGGAUGGGCGUGGAUUUGGGGUUGGAGUCGCCCCCCCAUCAACAAAGCCUGUCCUGCCUCUCAGCCCCAGGAGGCCAAAGCCAAAGAGAGACAGCCCAAUCAGGAUGGAGAAUGCAGGGAGUCCAGGAUUGUGCAAGGAAGGAGAGAUGAACUCCUUGUCCAGAACGAACCACUUCAGUGUAUCUCUGAAGGAGCUGGAGAGCCGGGAGCAGGAGCCACAGAACCUAGAUAGCCAGUGCCUCCAUCCUGCAGACAAGGAGCGGCACAGCCGCCCAGACUCCCCUCCCCCUAGGGCAGAGGCCUUUGAGGAGUUCAAAUCAGAGCGAGGGAGUGAGAUUAACCGCAUCCUGAAGGAGAACAAAGAAAUCCUUCUGGAGAGGAAGCAGUGGCUCAGGGAGUUGACAGAUAGUGUCAAUCAGGCAAAGAAGGAGAUCGAUGAAGCUAAGAAUGCACUGCAGGAGAGAAGGGAGACUCGCCAGCAGCAAGGGGAGUUUCUGACUUCGGAGGGGGAGCCCGUGAUUGAGGAGGAUGAGCUGGCUGCCCUGCUGCGCCUGCAGGAGUUGAAGGGGCUGUACCGCUCUCAGUACAAGGAGCUGUGCAACACCAGGGCUGAGGUGCAAUACUGCCAGCACCUGGUGGAGCAGUGCAGGAUCAGGCUGCUCUCCGAGUUUGAGGUCUGGUACAAUGAGUCGUUUGUCAUUCCGGAGGAAGUCCAGAGUGUCCUGAGAGCUGGGGGUCCGAUCCGCCCAGGGCUUAUCCCCAUCAGCAAGGCCACAGCACUGGACAAGGACGAGCAGGAACAAUUCAGCCGUCUCCGGCACAAGCUGCUGGCCGCCAGCCCUCGCGCCAUCUCCUUCUACAACGCGCACAUGAAGGCUCAGAAGCGGAACCGUGCCAAAGCCACGCCUCGGCCCCAACCGCACAGGGGGACAGGUGCAGUCAGCACACCACAGCAGAACACCAGGAGCAAGUUGCCUGCUAUCCUCAGCCUCUCUUGAGACAAGCCUGCCACCACAGGCUACUGCAAUAAAUCAGCCAGCCGUGGGCAAAACAGACUUCAUCUAUUUGGAAGAGCUGCACCUUUUUAACAAUUGGGUUCUGAACUUGAAUAUUUAAGAGCAUACAAAGUGAAAAAGUAGGAAUUAGAUUUUCUUAGCAAUUCACAGUUAGGAAUACAAUAAUGCUUGUUGUAAAACUUGAGUUGGUAUCAUGUCUGAAUAAUUUGAAUGCAUUAUGUCAAAUGGAUAUCAAAAUGUAAUGGCAGGUGUCGAACAGAAACAAUCUGUCAUGUAUUUGUAUUAUCGAACAUACAUGAGGCAAAUCAAGAACUACUUGGAAAAUUUCAAGAUACCAUUAAAAACCUAGUCUGUGUGAAA